UAAAGCGGUAACACCGUACCACCGGAUCUCCGCAGCGCGAUAAAGUAUUAUAAUUACGCAGGAGCACAACAACAGCAGCGUGUAUCGCUCUCUACCUCUCGUUCUCGGCGCCCCCUCAACAGUUAUUUUUACUAUAUAGAGCCGAGAGAUUUCUGUGUGACUUUUUGGAGUGUUCGUUUUCGUUAUUUUCGUAGCUCCUUCGUUUUCAUUAAAAGAUAAGUGCGGCUUAAAUAACAACAACACGGCAACAGAGGUAGCAGCAGCAACAGCAACAUUUCGCGAGUGCCAGUGACAACGUUUGCAUACGAAAAAGCAAAAGUGCACCAAAAAAACACACACACAACUAACAUCGUUGCGAAGAAGCGCAAAAAUUCAACACAUUUGAAAGGGAAUUUUUUCUGAUCGUACAUAUAUAUUUUUUGAAGCGCCCUCAAGAUGUCCACGCCGACUUCCCCCAAGACACCCACACCGCCCACUCUGCCUCCGGGAGUGACCAAAACCUGUCACAUUGUGAAGAGGCCCGACUUCGAUGGCUACGGAUUCAAUUUGCACUCGGAAAAGGUCAAGCCGGGACAGUUCAUAGGCAAGGUGGAUGCAGAUUCACCGGCUGAGGCAGCGGGCUUGAAGGAGGGCGACCGAAUCCUGGAGGUCAAUGGGGUGUCCAUUGGCAGCGAGACCCACAAGCAGGUGGUGGCCAGAAUCAAGGCGAUCGCCGACGAGGUGCGCCUCCUCCUGAUCGACGUGGAUGGCAAGGCUCUGGAGAGGCCAUCACCCCCGCCAGCAGCAGCAGCAUCCUGCAACGGAAACGGAAACGCGAAUCAGAACGGAUACGAGGGCACCAAGCAGGAGAUUCCCGGAGCAAGUGCCAACAUCAGUAGCAUCAGCAUGGUUAGCACCAAGCGAUCUUCAAACGCCAGCAGCAUCCAGAGUGGCAGCACCGUGAAUGCCUCCGACUUGGAUGUGGUGGACAGGGGCCUCCCAGCCACUCCCCCAGUGGUGGCGCCCCUGCCCGUGGCUCAGAAUGGCAGCAAACCCUCGUCGCCCAUCAACAACAACACCCUGAUGAGCACACCGCCACCGCCAUCUGCCACUGUGGCCGGAUUGAACAACAACGGAAGCGUCUACAACACCAACGGCAAUGGCACAAAUGGCAUGACCACACCCACCACGCCUCCCUCGGCGACGGGCGGAAAUAGGGCGGGCAGCCUGAACUUGCCACUGACGGCCGCCGAAAUGCGCGCCAAGUUGGCCUCCAAGAAGAAGUACGAUCCCAAGAACGAGACCGUGGACCUCAAGAAGAAGUUUGACAUCAUCCAGAAGCUCUGAGAGGAAGAUAGCACUUGUUACACUGUCAGGAUGAGAUGAGCUGAGAUGAUGGGGAGGUCUGGACGUCUGUCAGGCAUACACCACAUACACACAAUAUACAAUAUGUUUAGCUAGUAGUACGCAGAGUCACUUAUUAACUAAGCAAGUUUUUAAUUAUUACCCACUAAGAAUCGAAAAACAAUAGGGGAAGUGAUUGAGCGAGCACCUCCUCUUGGAAUACCCAUACGAAAAUAUACAUACGACAUGAAUGUAUUCUUUAAAUUCAAAUAUUGCAAACUCCGAUCGGUUCAUUGAACAACUUUCGUUGAAUGUCUACUAAGUUUUGCUUGUAUUUUUGUAAAGUAAAUAAAGCAAAAUUAUAAAAGAA